AUGCUGGUACGGUCAUUGGGGUCGCAAGUUGUGCGAAGACAGAUGGGGUUCAGUGUGCUCGGGGGAAGACCUGUGCAACAGUUAUUGCUGCGGAGACUGUUUGCUGAUGCACAAACUAUAGGUAGAUUUGGCCCCAUUCAGAGGAUGGUGUUUGAGUCGAUACGGUUCCAUCACCCUAAAUUUACGCCGUUCCUGAUUUGGAACAGCAAGAGGAAUAUAUCUAUUAUUCCUAAGAUUGUUGGGAAAGUAGUUCGUAUACCCGUUUAUGUCGGUGGUGGUAUGGCAGCGGCUGGUAGCUAUAUUGCAUAUAAACUUGAAGAGGCAAAUACGUAUACGAAGGACAAACUAGACAGGCUCAAAGAUUUCUCCGAUGCCGUCAAGGAUAAACUUGGAGGAAUAUGGGGCCAAGAAGGAGAUGGUAACAGUGGCAAUAACAAUAGUGAUGGUACUCUGCCUACUGCUACCCUAAUAGCUUCUUUGGUUGAUGAAGAUGAAGAAAUGAACAAAAAGAACAGAGAUGAACAGGAAGACGAUGAUGACGACGAUGAUGAAUUUGAUGAAGUUGAUAAUACUCAGGAUGAGAUGCUUAAUCUAACAAAACAAAUGAUUGAAAUUAGAUCUAUACUAAAUAAAGUUGACUCUGCAUCAGCUAAUUUGACUUUGCCUUCAAUUGUUGUAAUUGGAUCACAAUCAUCGGGUAAGUCAUCAGUACUCGAGUCCAUUGUGGGUAGAGAAUUCUUACCAAAAGGUAGUAAUAUGGUUACUAGAAGACCAAUAGAACUCACUUUAGUUAACACACCAAAUGUUCAGGAAACCACAGCUGAUUUUCCGUCUCUACGGGUCUACAAUAUGAAGGACUUCAGAGAAGUCAAGAGAAUGCUGACGGAAUUGAACCUUGCUGUGCCUGCUUCAGAAGCUGUGUCGGAGGAACCCAUUCAAUUGACAAUUAAAUCCGCACAUGUUCCUGAUCUGUCGUUAGUGGAUUUACCAGGUUACAUUCAAGUCGAAGCUGCCGAUCAACCUAUGGAACUAAAGUCCAAAAUUCGUAUGCUUUGUGAUAAAUAUCUAGCUGAACCAAAUAUUAUAUUAGCGAUCUCUGCUGCUGAUGUAGACUUAGCCAAUAGCUCUGCUCUCCGCGCAUCAAAAGUUGCUGAUCCCCAAGGUUUGAGAACAAUUGGUGUUAUAACAAAACUAGAUUUAGUGUCUGCAGAGGAGGCAAGAAAAAUCUUAACUAAUAGAAAAUAUCCACUUACCAUGGGCUAUGUGGGGGUGAUAACUAAAUCUCCAACCGGUUCCCAAUUCCCUGGACUGUUUCACGAUAACGCCAAUCAAGGGAUUGGUGGUAUGUUCGGUAAAAAGAAAGCAAAUGAUGAUAACAACAUUAAUAAAACUGAACAUGGAAUUGGCAUAAAUCAGAAUCUAUCUAGACAAUUUGAAAAAAGCUACUUUAAGGAAAACAAGAGGGUAUUCACCGACUGUCAAGUUUCUACGAAAAGAUUAAGGGAAAAACUGAUCAAGAUAUUGGAAAUUUCUAUGUCUAAUGCUUUAGAACCUACCUCUACAUUAAUACAACAAGAACUAGAUGAUACAUCAUAUCUUUUUAAAGUCGAGUUUAAUGAUAGACAAUUGACCCCCAAAUCUUACCUAUUGAACAACAUCGAUGUCUUGAAGUUAGCUAUUAAGGAGUUUCAGGAAAAUUUCCACAGAAAUGAACUCAAGUCUAUAUUAAAGGCUAGCUUAGACCAAAAAAUACUGGAUUUCCUCGCCUCAAGAUAUUGGAAAGAUGAUAAUUUAGUUGAGUUAUCUAACACAAAUGAUAAAACCAAUGAAAACGAAAUGAUGUAUUGGCAUAAAAAACUUGAGCUAGCAUCCUCAGGUCUAACAAAGAUAGGUAUUGGAAGGAUGUCUACUAUGCUGGUUACAAAUUCAAUUUUGAAAGAACUUGAUAAUAUUCUACAAUCCACACAACUGAAAAAUCAUGAGCUUAUCAAAGAGCUGGUAACUAAUACAGCUAUAACUGUGCUCAACUCCAAAUACUAUUCAACUGCUGAUCAAGUUGAGAAUUGUAUUAAGCCAUUUAAAUACGAGAUUGAUUUAGAUGAGAGGGAUUGGAGUUUGGCCAAAAAACACUCAACACAGCUCAUUAAAGAAGAGCUUAGACAAUGUACAGAGCGUUUUGAGGCAAUUAAGAAUAUCGUCGGUAGUAAGAAAUUACAACAUGUAAUGUCACACCUCCAACAAGAUCCCACCAAGCAGGAAACUCUCGGGAUGUCUAAACUACUACUUGAACGAGGGUCGGAGGCUCUGUUUUUGGAUAAGAGGGCACAGAUACUGAACUUCAGACUAAAGAUGUUAAAGAACAAGUGUCGUUCAACAAGCGACAAGGAUAAAUGUCCUGAAGUUUUCCUGAGUGCUGUCAGUGAUAAACUAGCAUCCACAGCUGUACUAUUUUUAAAUGUCGAGCUUUUGAGUGAUUUUUUCUAUAACUUCCCUAUCGAAUUGGAUAAGCGGUUGAACCAGCUAGGUGAAGAACAAAUAGAAAUGUUUGCGAAGGAAGAUCCUAAGAUUUCCAGACAUAUUGAAUUGCAAAAACGCAAAGAGCUUUUGGAGCUGGCUUUGGAGAAGAUAGACUCCAUUCUUGUAUUUAAGAAAUCCUAUAAAGCAAAGAGAACAUAG